AUGACGUCGCCCUGUCAUUCCUGCAGCAGGGCCUGUGCCCCAGCUUGUGCAUCAGGUCCCAAAGGUACGACUUGUGCGGCUCCUGCCAGCUAUGGAGGCUCUAUUAAGUUGUACACAAAGCAUGGUACUCUCAAAUACCAGACAGACUGUGCUCCAAACAACGGGUAUUUCAUGAUUCCCCUCUAUGAUAAGGGGGAUUUCAUUCUUAAAAUUGAACCUCCUCUGGGAUGGAGUUUUGAACCGACCAGUGUAGACAUCCAUGUAGAUGGCAUUAAUGACAUUUGCACAAAGGGAGGCGAUAUUAACUUUGUGUUCACAGGGUUUUCUGUGAAUGGAAAGGUUCUCAGCAAAGGUCAGUCGUUAGGUCCUGCUGGAGUCCAGGUUGUACUGAGAAAUGCUGGCAGUGAUGUAAACUUACAGGCAACUAUUACCCAACCUGGAGGAAAGUUUGCUUUCUUUAAAGUGCUUCCUGGCGAAUAUGAAAUCUUUGCAUCUCAUCCCACCUGGAUGUUGAAAGAGUCAAACACAGUGGUACGGGUGACCAGUUCUAAUGCUUAUGCUGCUAGCCCUCUGAUUGUUGCUGGCUACAACGUGUCUGGGUCAGUAAGGAGUGAUGGAGAACCAAUGAAAGGGGUCAUGUUCCUGCUUUUCUCCUCCUCAGUGACCAAAGAGGAUGUUGUGGGCUGCAAUAUUUCUCCUGUGGAUGGAUUCCAAUCACGAGAUGAGUCUCUCUCCUAUUUGUGUAAUGUUGUAUCAAAAGAAGAUGGAUCUUUCAGCUUUCUUUCCCUUCCAAGUGGAAAAUACACUGUGAUACCUUUCUACAGAGGAGAAAGAAUUACCUUUGAUGUUGCGCCAUCUAGAUUGGACUUCUUUGUAGAACAUGACAGCUUACAAAUUGAGCCUGUUUUCCAUGUGAUGGGUUUCUCUGUCACAGGCAGAGUGUUGAAUGGUCCUGAAGGAGAAGGAGUUGCUGAUGCCACUGUGACACUAAACAAUCAGAUUAAAGUGAAAACAAAAGCUGAUGGAUCUUUCCGUCUUGAGAACAUAACAACAGGAACAUACACAAUUCAUGCCAGAAAGGAGCAUCUCUUCUUUGAUACUAUCACAGUGAAGAUCGCACCAAAUACACCUCAGCUAGCAGACAUCAUUGCAACAGGGUUCAGUGUAUGUGGCCAGAUCUCAGUAACUCGUUUACCUGACGCAGUCAAACAGAUCAGUAAAUAUAAGGUAACCAUGGUGCCUCAAGAUAAGGACAAAGCAUCAAUGGUUACAACAGAAACAGACCCUCAUGGAGGAUUUUGUUUUAAAGCAAAAUCUGGCGCAUACAGUGUUAAGGUAAUUAUUCCGGAGGCUGAGACCAGAGCAGGAUUGGCUUUGAAACCCAAAGUGUUCCCUGUUACUGUUACAGACAGACCAGUCAUGGAUGUGACCUUCUCUCAGUUUUUGGCAUCAGUUUCGGGGAAGAUCUCUUGUUUAGAUGCUUGUGGUGAUUUGGUGGUGAUGUUACAGUCUGUGAGCCGCCAGGGUGAGAAACGUAACCUCCAGCUCUCUGGACGUACAGACUCAGUAGCCUUCGCGUUUGAAAAUGUGCUACCUGGCAAAUACAAAGUAAGCAUUAUACAUGAAGACUGGUGCUGGAAGAAUAAAUCUCUCGAGGUGGAAAUCAUGGAAGAUGAUGUUUCAGGAGUAGAAUUCAGGCAGACUGGGUAUAUGCUGAGGUGUUCCCUUUCUCAUGCAAUUACACUGGAGUUUUACCAGGAUGGAAAUGGACCAGAGAACGUUGGUGUUUAUAACUUGUCUAAAGGAGUUAAUAGAUUCUGUCUUUCAAAGCCAGGUGUGUACGAAGUAACCCCACGUUCCUGCCACCAGUUUGAACAUGAGUAUUACACUUACGACACGUCCUCUCCUAGCAUACUGACGCUCACUGCUGUUCGACACCAUGUCCUUGGCACGAUUGUAACAGAUAAACUGAUGGAUGUGACUAUUACCAUUAAGUCAUCCAUUGAUAGUGAACCUGCCUUAGUUUUAGGGCCGUUGAAAUCUGUGCAGGAGUUACGCAGGGAGCAGCAGCUGGCAGAAAUUGAGACCCGCCGACAGGAGAGAGAAAAGAAGGGCCAAGAAGAGGAGGGAACAAAGCCACCAGUGCAGGAGAUGGUGGAGGAACUUCAAGGACCAUUUUUAUAUGAAUUUUCAUACUGGGCAAGGUCUGGUGAGAAAAUUACCGUGACACCGUCUUCAAAAGAGCUUCUUUUCUACCCACCUUAUGUGGAAACAGUUGUUAGUGGAGAGAGCUGUCCUGGAAAGCUGAUAGAGAUUCAUGGGAAAGCAGGCUUAUUUAUGGAAGGGCGGAUUCAUCCUGAAUUAGAAGGUGUUGAGAUUGUCAUUGGUGAAAAGGGAGCGCCUUCUCCUCUCAUCACAGUUUUCACUGAUGACAAAGGUGCUUACAGUGUUGGGCCACUCCACAGUGACUUGGAAUAUACAGUUACUGCCCAGAAAGAAGGAUUUGUUUUGACUGCAGUAGAAGGAACAGUUGGUGACUUCAAAGCUUUUGCUCUUGCUGGAGUGACAUUUGAGAUUAAAUCUGAGGAUGACCAGGCUCUUGCUGGAGUACUCUUGUCUCUCAGUGGAGGGGUGUUCCGAUCCAACCUCCUUACACAGGAUGAUGGCAUGCUGACCUUUUCCAAUCUGAGUCCAGGGCAGUAUUAUUUUAAACCCAUGAUGAAAGAAUUUCGCUUUGAACCAUCAUCUCAAAUGAUUGAAGUGCAGGAAGGACAAAAUCUUAAAAUUCGGAUAACUGGUUACAGAACAGCUUACAGCUGUUAUGGCACGGUUUCUUCAUUAAAUGGAGAGCCUGAGCAAGGAGUCUCAGUAGAAGCUGUGGGGCAGGAAGGGUGUAGCAUCUAUGGAGAAGAUACAGUUACUGAUGAAGAGGGCAAGUUCCGGCUACGUGGCCUCCUGCCAGGCUGUGUGUAUCACGUACAACUCAAAGCUGAAGGCAAUGAUCAUAUUGAAAGAGCUUUACCACAACACCGGGCAAUUGAGGUUGGGAACAGCGACAUCGAUGAUGUUAAUAUUAUAGCGUUCCGGCAAAUUAAUCAGUUUGAUUUAAGUGGAAAUGUGAUUACGUCUUCUGAGUAUUUGUCCACGUUAUGCGUGAAACUCUAUAAAAGUGAAAAUCUUGACAACCCAAUUCAUACAGUCAACUUAGGCCAAUCCCUUUUCUUCCACUUCCCUCCACUGCUCCGAGAUGGAGAGAAUUACGUGGUGCUCCUGGAUUCUACGUUGUCUAAGUCACAGUAUGACUACAUCCUGCCUCAAGUUUCCUUCACUUCCAUUGGAUAUCAUAAGCACAUUACAUUGGUCUUUAGUCCCACUAGAAAGCUACCUGAGCAAGAUAUUGCCCAAGGAUCUUACAUUGCAUUGCCACUGACACUGCUUCUGUUGUUGGCUGGCUACAACCACGAUAAGCUUAUUCCCUUAUUGCUGCAGCUGACGACUCGACUGCAAGGGGUCCGUGCUCUCGGACAGGCAGGUUCUGACACAGGUGGCCCAGAGGAUGCGAAGAGACAGACAAAAAAACAGAAGACAAGAAGGACGUGAGGUGAAAGGGGUGGUUGCAUAAAGUGACACUCCAUCAAACUGAAUUCUGGGGAAGCAAAACUAAAAUACAUUUUUGAUAAAUGUGUGAUCUUCACAUUUUUGUCAUUGUGACCUGAGCGUGAUUUGUCACACGAGCUCCAUUUUGGUUGUAAAUUUUUUAUGAAGUUUAUAGGUUUACUUAUUAUAAAGUUAAUGAAAUGAAUGCAUCUGUUGUUACUGUGAGUACAUCUCCCAUACUUGAAGACAGUUCAUGAAUUCUUUUUCUCUUCAGUGGAAUGGGUUGUGUUGUCUUCAUUAAUGAUUUGUAAAAGCAGUGGUAAUAAACUGCUGAUUUCACUCUGUCUCUAUAUUUUGACAGUAUUUUUCCUUGCCUUUCAAAAUACCCACUUUACUCCCGAGAAGGAGCACAGAGGGAUUUUGCUAAAUCAGUGCUACUUGAAGCAACAAAGUUCUAGGAAGCAUGCAUGAACUGGUGAAUAAUGUCCUUGGCACUUCCAAUUGAGCAGCUUGAUUGAAGAUUCUGUUACCUGCACAGCUGUGAUCUCAGUUCUUAUCCAAUAAAUACUUGAUUUGAAUCAAAGAUAACAUAUUUGCCCAAUGAAGACAAAUCAUUAAUGUCACGUAAGAUUAGUUGAUAAUAUCAGGUGAGUUCUGCUGAUCCUAGUGCAAAAGCAGUGUUUAAAUUUCAAGUUCAUGUACAGUGUGAUCUCUUUAGACCUCCGGUAUUCCUGUAGUGGCUACAGCUGGUUAGCUAGUUGCACUGCUCUUUCCAAAGUUGGAUUGUGUUGUGAUAUUUGUCUGUGUGUCUGUCUCAUCUCGUGCUCAGGCAAUGUGUAACAUAUUUGCCAGUUGCUGAUGGAUUAUUUUCUUUUUUUCCCCCAAUUAUUUUAAGAAGUGUUAGCUUUUGGAAACCUUCAACAUGCACAGUCCCAAUAAUGUAGACCGAAAUGAAUAAUGACCUACUUCUUAUAGGCCAUCUUUUGAUUCUUGUUUGAAACAGACAGUUAGACAUACACAGUUUAAAUGUUAAUGGGGCUUUUUAUUGACAAAUAGUAUAAAGGUUAAUAGAGCUUUUGAAAGAUGAACAUAAAUGCCUACAAAUAUUGCAAAGACAUUGGUACUGCCAGUGAGUGGCAAUGUUUCUCUUUUAUAGUACUUGAAAUAAAGUCCCUUUAUGUUUAAAUAUUGAAGCUUACAAAUGCUACUUCAGAAAUCUGGAUACAAAAAUUGCUUCAGUUUGGUCCUAAAUAUUAAAACUUCAUUUACUGAUUCUUCUACUUGAACUGGCAUUUAUACAACGCAAUCUGUCUGAGGGAAACUUUACCAAGAUUGUAAUAAAAAUGAAGAAUAUAAAAAAAAGCAUGUGUGUAUAAAGCUUGAGAUGAAGCUUUAACAAACUGUCAUGCUCUCAGCUUAAUGACCUCAUGUUUUGUGGUUUGCUGUGAUGAAAUAUGUAGGGAAAAAAAACAUAGUGUUGGAGGCCUUGUAUUAAAAAUGUACAAUUUUUAUGUCUUUAUUUUAGGUUGGUGAGCGUUGAUAAGGGAAUUGCUACUUGGGGGAGUUGUGUGAGGAAUGAAUGAUAAUUUAAUGUGACUUGAAGGACUACCAGAUAUUCUGACCUCUGAACUGUGGGACUUGAUGAUUGACAUUAAACAUUGGAAAUGCUGUUAAUAAAAAGGCACUGAUGCUUGCUAA